AUGAGGCUCCUCAACGUCAAGACCCUCGAAUUCGCAUGGUUCCAGCACAAAGAUACGAGGCCGCCGUAUGCCAUAGCUUCUCAUCGCUGGGUCGGUAGCUCUGAAACCAGCUUGAAAGAUGUCGAGAAAAGGCGGAACGUGGACAAAAUUGGGUACAAGAAAAUGGAAGAGUUCGCGAGAUAUGUUCGACAAGAGAUCCCCGCUCUGGAGUGGUUGUGGAUCGACACGUGUUGUAUCGACCAGAAGAGUAGCCCGGAGCUGUCAGAAGCAAUCAACUCGAUGUUUCGCUGGUAUCGUGAGUCAGAAGUGUGCCUUGCAUUCAUGCAGGAUGUGCCGACCCCAGAGGACAUAUCUAGCUUCCAGAAGAGUAUAUGGUUCACUCGCGCGUGGACACUACAAGAGCUGCUCGCACCAGCCACAGUUAUCUUCUUGGACCAGAACUGGAAGAUAAUCGGUCACAAAGGAAGCGACGGCUGCGGCAAGAGCGGAAUAGAGAUGGAAAUUGGCCCGCUGCUCAGCGAUCGCAUCUCCACAAUCACUCGAAUACCUGGAGACAUACUCCAGGACUACGACAAGAGCCACACAUUGCGUGUUGAUGAGAAGCUUCAAUGGGCGAAACACAGGCAGGCAACGCGAGAAGAAGAUCUUUCAUACUGUCUUCUUGGAAUUCUCGAUGUUAGCAUGAGCAUCCGGUAUGGAGACAGCAAAGAGCAGACAAGGACUCGCGUACUGAAAACGCAUGCGUGCAGAGCAGCACCCUAUGGGAACGAACCGUUGGCACGAUGACCGCGAAGACGAUCUGGAUUCCCUGGAGCUGGAGGAAGUCAUAUCGAGUACUGUAAGCCUGUCGACCCUUGCAGAUCAGCUUGGAGAGAACGGCCGGGAAGUACGGGAGUGCUAUAAAUCUCUCAAACGAGCACCAAGAUCUCUGGCUGAGGUCGCGGACGAGCUGGAGACGUUCGCUCUCGCACUUCACAAUUUAGAACGAGAUCGCCAGAGUCGUAAUAUCGACCCUAUGGACGAUUCCACGUUGCAGCAAUGUGCAAAUACGUCGAUCCGCGCAGGUCACCGAAUCCGAUCGGCUGUCCGGAGCUUAAAGACCAUGGUACUGGAGUCCCAAGCGAAACAAUGGGCGUAUGCUACGCUGGAGCGACCGGCUAUCCUCCACUACUGCGACGAGCUGGACAAGGCGAAAAGUUCGCUUGCAUUGGCGUAUCAGCUCUACAUGGGGUAGGUUCUUUACGCAUCAUUCUCACUCAUUACUGAGACUAGUCUAGAUCCCGACAGAUAGCGUACACGACGCUCAUACUUCAGACGAUCUCCAGCAACAAGCCCGCAAUCUCGCCCCCGGAACAGCUACUCCAGGCUUUUGGACAAGACAUGGUGCACACCAAAGCGAGUCUAUCAACAACGCAGAUUUCCGAUCGACAAGCUUUCCAAGCUGCGCCGAGCUCGUGCUCUGGCAGUUAUCACCAGACCAAGCAAUACAAGGCCAAGCAAAAGUGGCGGAUUCGUAUCAGUCCAUGGUUUGCAUCACGAACCUGGGAAUUCUCGCUUCACGUUGCGCAGACUGGCUGGACGUUCAAUUUGAGAACCGCCAAUCUUGUAUCACGGGAGAGCCCGAUUUGGGAAGCGUGCGCGAGCGGCGAUGUCUCAGAGGUCCAAGCGCUCUUUCGUGAUGGCAAAGCAUCUCCGUUUGACUAUGAUCCCAAGGGGGGGUACGCACAAACCCCUUUAGAAGUGAGUAGUUUCAAUCCGGCAACGACAGAGAGCGAUAAUGUACUGACUAUUCUGUUAGGAGGCGGCGUGGCACGGCCAUUUGGAGCUCUGCCGAUAUCUGAUCGAAAUUGCUGGUUUCCCGCCCGGGCCCACUCAGUGCGGGGCUCCAUUGGAGUUUUAUUCUUAUCACACCAGGAUAGACAAAUACGCGAAUAUGAAUGAGGCACGUGAGAUGUACCGCCUACUCUUGACUGAGCCAGGACUCGGUGAAGACCUACAACAGCUUCGGCGCAAAUCUUUUUGGUCAGAUUGUCCUGAAAGUUGCCAGAGUCUGGUCCAAGAUACAUUUGCAUUCGAAUAUCAGCCGUGGGCGUAUAGAUUUGAGCUUACGGUGUAUGCUUGCAUGCUUCGUAAAUAAUAAUGAACCAACUCGUCUCCUGGAGAUGCUAGGCUCUCGAAGCACCAAUAGAAGAAUCGCAUCAGCACAAGACGAAAAUGGAGACACGCUUCUACAUGCGCUCGCUUACAGCCUGGCUUGGGGGGGAACACCCUCAUCUGAACGCGCGGACUUCGCAAAAGGACUAGUCCAUUGUGGGGCGGAUCCUCACCACAAGAAUAUGGAUGGUCUCACGCCGCUUAUGAGAGGCUUGGUCCGGUGCGGGGCGCAAUUACCGACCGAGUUUGUACGUACAUGGGCAAGACUCAUGCAGACAGCAGGGACAGACUUGCGCAUCUAUGGACAGAAGGAAUAUCAGAUCUGGAGCACGUCGCAUCCCCGCGGCUUCAAUGGCAUCGACUUCCGCUUUGACAGGCUCAUAUUUGGUCCGGAUGUGGAAGAUUGGGCAGUGGAAGCAUAUCAUCUGACCACAGUACCUAUCUAUGAGCUCCAGAUCCCUCCUGGAUCGUUCCAGGGUAAUGGAAAAUACAGUGUCAAUACCGUAUGUUGGUGGCCAGAUUACUAUCCGGAAGAAUCACAAGAAGUAUGGCGUUGGGAAUACAUUUGUCUGGUUACUAUCUACUCCAGGACCAGUGCGGACGAAAAGGCCAACCAACGAGCUCGGCAAAGCUCUUUUGAGUCUGAUCCUCUGAGAGACGAAAUGGAAAGGCCGCAAGAUGAUUGUGGUGGCAUCAUGCGUCUCGUAGAGAGGAGCUCAAGAACUCUUCGUCGCCCUCGAAGGUAUAGCGAGCCCUUUUUGCAUGGUUCCAAGAGUGCUGCUGAGGAUGAAUUAUCUUAUGAAUGGAAAUCCAACCACUGGCUUCGAGAAUACCGUUAUUGUCCGUUCGAUGGAAUGCCAAGACUAAAUCCCCGACAGUUUGGCUUGUGAAGACCCACGCUCGAAGGCGUGCGAAAGGCGUUCAUGACCACGAUGUCUCAGUUCUUUGGGAUCAUCGUUACGGGAUCAACGACGAGUUGAGGUGGUUCCGUAUGAGAUACUCUAAUAUCCUCGAGCUACGGGCAUUGCCUUACGAGGCUUAUCAUCCUGAUUGGGAAGGAGAAGAUCAAUGGUACAGGGAGAUGUACCCAUCGGACGAAGAGGAAUGGUCGGGUGAAGAGGAGUACAUCUCAGACAGAGAAGAUGACUCGCCUGAAGAAGAAGGUUCGAAUGGAGAUGAGGACUCCUCAGGCGGAGAAGAUGACUCGCCUAGGGAAGCUGGUGCGUGA